AUGAGUCACCGAGCCGUGAGCCUCCUCUCCAAGUUCUCUUCCACACUGACGAAUGCACAAAUUCGUGGAAAAGCACACUUCACAUUCCAGCCGUCGACUACACUUCCAGCUGGACUUCAAGGCCAAGAAACAUCAAAAAUGAAUUUGAUGCAAUCGGUGAACGAGGCGAUGCGAAUCGCAAUGGAAACCGACGAUUCGGCAGUACUCUUCGGAGAAGACGUCGCGUUCGGAGGAGUAUUUAGAUGUAGUUUGGAUUUACAAAAGAAGUUUGGAAAGGAUCGAGUAUUCAACACACCUCUCUGCGAACAAGGAAUCGCUGGUUUCGGUAUUGGAGUGGCGGCGGCUGGUGCGACGGCCAUUGCUGAAAUUCAGUUUGGAGACUACAUUUUCCCGGCUUAUGAUCAGCUCGUCAACGAGGCGGCGAAAUUCCGCUACCGUUCGGGUAACCAGUUCGAUUGCGGCAAACUGACAGUCAGAACGACGUGGGGAGCCGUCGGACACGGUGCACUCUACCAUUCGCAGAGCCCAGAAGCCAAUUUCACUCAUACUCCUGGAUUGAAGCUCGUCAUUCCACGUGGCCCAAUCCAAGCGAAAGGACUCUUGCUCUCGUGUAUCCGUGACCCGAAUCCAUGCAUCUUCUUCGAGCCGAAAAUCCUGUAUCGUCUCGCAUCGGAAGACGUGCCCACCGGUGACUACACCAUCCCACUCGGACAGGCUGAAACUGUCCGCCAGGGAAAAGAUUUGACACUCGUCGCAUGGGGAACUCAAGUGCACGUGGCACUCGAAGCGGCUCAACUCGCCAAAGAGAAGUUGAAUGCCGAUGUGGAAGUGAUCGAUUUGCAGACAAUUCAACCGUGGGAUGAGGAUCAUGUUGUGGAGAGUGUCCAAAAGACUGGAAGACUCAUCGUCACUCAUGAGGCACCAAUUUCUUCGGGAUUCGGAGCCGAGAUUGCUUCUACUGUUCAGAAGCGUUGUUUCCUCAACCUUGAAUCGCCGAUCGAACGUGUAGCCGGCUUCGACACGCCGUUCCCACACGUCCACGAACCAUUCUACCUUCCAACAAUUCAUCGUGUAUUUGAUGCAAUCAAAAAGAGUGUUAACUAUUGA